AUAGGAAGAAGAUGGACGAAUUGAAAUGGAAUGCAUGAGAGGCAUGGUCAUGAUGCAGUUAUGAUGACUCCAGAAUGGCUGUAUAUGCCCAUGUGGGCCAGUGUUCUUUAUUAUCUGUUUGAAGAACAGUGGAUUGGUCCAAAAAGUGGUUCUUUAGAGGAGACCAGGAUCUCUCCCUCUGUCCUUGGUUUGCUCUGUGGAUUCUGGUCAGAGGCGAAGAUUGCAGCAAUGGAGGAGGAGAUGAGGCAGCUCAAUGAGUCAUGCAUGGACCAAUCGGUGGAGAUUGACGAGAAGAAAAAUGCCUUGGAGGAGCUAGAACAAAAGCUAGAGGAGUGCAAAGCAGCGCACACACAACUAAAGCAGCAAAGGGAUGAGAUGACAAAUAAGAGAAAGGAGCUCUGGAGGAGUGAUUCUGGGAUGGAUGCGACGGUUGAGAAACUCAAGGAAGAGAUUAAAAAAUUUGAACGUCAUUUGGAGUAUGCCAUACCUCGGGACAUCAAUCGUGGAAUCACGUCAGUGAAGCGCAUCUGUCGGGACCACAACAUUCCGGGAGUGGCAGGGGCCUUGAUUGAACUUCUCGAUUGUGAUGACAAGUUUAACACUGCUGUGGAAGUCACUGCAGGCAACAGUCUUUUCCAUGUUGUCGUUGAGUCUGAUGACAUAUCGACAAGGAUUAUCAGGUACUUGAACGCAGAGAAGGGUGGGCGAGUCACUUUUAUGCCUCUCAAUCAGCUGAGACCCCAUCGGGUGCAGUACCCAGCCAGCCCGGAUGUAGUGCCGAUUCUCCAUAAACUCAAAUUCAACAGGGUGUACGCAAACGCCUUUGCUCAGGUCUUCUCAAAGACAUUGAUAUGCCGUGAUCUGGAGGUUGCGACAAACAUGGCACGCCAAUCGGAAAUGGAUUGUGUUACCCUUGAAGGGGACCAGGUAAACAGGCGCGGCGCAUUGACUGGAGGUUAUCAUGAUUCUCGGCGGUCCAGAUUGUCGGCAAUGAAGGGCAUCAAGGCAAAUGCAGCAAAGAUUGAACAACUAAACCAGGAGGGCAUUGCCAUGAAAGCAGAGAUUGAGAAGCUUGACCAAUCCAUCAGCCAAGUAUUGGCGGAGCUUCAGAAGCAGGAGGCACGGAUGACGCAUAUGUGCAGUCAACGCGAGCAAUUGAAGCAGGAAUUGAAGGCGGCUAAGGACAAGGAUGCUACGAACAAGAAGGCACUCGCUCAGAAGGAGAAAAUGAUUUCAGCGACGGCGAAGGGACUGCAGGACCUUCAGGAGCGAGUUGCAUCGCUGCAGGCAGAGUUGGGCACCGACUUGUCUUCGGAUCUGUCCCCAGCUGAGCAAAAACUUCUGUCUCAGUUAAAUCCAGAGAUUCGACAGCUGAAACAGGAACUCAUCAACUGCAAGACAAAGCGUAUGGAGGUUGAGACAAGGAAAAGUGAAUUGGAAGAGCUUCUCUCUGCAAAUCUGUUGAAAAGACAGUCUGAGCUGGAGCAGCAGCUCGCCUCAAUGGACACAGAAACAAGAACUCUGGAGUCGGAGGCUAAGCAGAAAGCGCUAGACGAAGCACGGGCACAUGUGGAAGAGAUCGGUCGCAAGCAGAAAGAAAUAUCUGAUCAGCUUGCACAAUUGGUGGGCAAGAUGCGUGAGCUGAAGGCGAAGAAAGAUGAACUGAAGGCACUGGAGGACAAAUACGAGCGAACCCUUCAAGAUGAAGCUAAGGAUAUGGAGCAGCUGUUGAAUAAGCGAAAUGUUUUGUUUCUGAAGAAGGAGGAGUUGAUGAAGAAAAUCCGGGAGCUUGGUUCUCUCCCAUCAGAUGCCUUUGAGAACCGACUGCUGACCGAUCGGUCCUACUGGUCGGCUGCAAUACGGUCGGCGGUCGGGGUCGGCGGUCGGCAGAAAAUACGGGAACUCAUUGCUGUCUUGGACCAGAGGAAAGAUGAAUCCAUCGAGAGGACAUUCAAGGGUGUUGCAAAGAAUUUCCGGGAGGCGUUUGCGGAGCUUGUGCAAGGUGGUCAUGGGCAGCUUGUGAUGAUCAAGAAACGCAAGGCUGAAGAAGCACCCGAUGAUGACGAUGAUGAUGACGAGCCUACAGAAGGGGAAGAAGCGGCACGGGUUGAGAAGUAUGUGGGAGUCAAAGUGAAGGUUUCAUUCACAGGAAGGGGGGAGACUCAGUCAAUGAAACAGCUGUCUGGCGGGCAGAAAACAGUUGUCGCACUGGCGCUUAUCUUUGCUAUUCAGCGGUGCGAUCCAGCACCUUUCUACCUAUUUGAUGAGAUUGAUGCCGCACUGGAUCCGCAGUACCGCACGGCAGUUGGCAACAUGAUCAAGCGACAGACAGAAACGACGCAAACACAGUUCAUCACAACUACGUUCCGGCCAGAGUUGGUGAAGGUCGCAGACCGAAUUUAUGGCGUUUCUCACAAAAACAGAGUCAGCCGAGUGGAUGUCAUCCCACAAGAAGAAGCGCUGAGGUUCAUUGAGGCCGACCAUUCGCAGAAUCGUCCGUGAGUCUCUUCAGCCACUUCCCACUCACAUAUGGAUCGCGAUUCGCUAAACCUGGGUACUGCAGUUAAGAGUCAAAUACAGAGACUCCUGCUUCGGACCGCCAAUCCUCCCGCUCACAUAUGGAUCGCUAAACCUGGGUAAAAGUGGGAGUGCAAAUACACAGAGUACUGCAUGCACCGCCAAUCCUCCUGUGUCCGUCUCUUCCGUCAUCAGUUGAGCAAGCAAGCACUUGAGCGGUUUCUGCUACGUUGUACCAUUGUAUUAAUUUCUUUGAAUCCUCUUACUAGGCUCUUAGGCCACACUCAGACUAGGACUUUUUUCUACUAAACUCUGGACCAGAUUGCGGUCAGAUUCAUCCAGGUCUGACGGUAAUUGCGGUCAGAUACAUUUAGGAACGUACUACUAGUUGUGUGUGAGUAUCCCCUUAAUUGUGUGAUAUUGCUAACCAAGUAUUAUAUUUUGAGAGAGAGAGAGAGAGAGAGAGAGAGGGGCGAAAUCCAGGAAAAGAUCACUGACGGGGGAGGAAAUGCAGCAGCACAAAAGCGAGAGUGGAGCAGAUCAGUUUUCAGGCAUGAGGAAGUCUAGAGCAGAUCAAGGCUUCCAUCCCAGAUGCAGCUGAUUCGGACUGAAUCGUAAGGGGGGCCGAGAGGAACAUUGACGGAAUGCUCCCCCAUCAGAGGAGUAUAAGUCGCAAAAAAAAAGAACUAAAUUUCUUUCUGGGAAGUUUUUUGGGGGGAAAGGAUUGCCUUACACCAGCAACUGUGGAUGUUUGAGGCCAGUCUUCAGAACCUUGAGCUCUAGAGUUACACCUCUGGAGGCUAGACGUUGUGCGAUCUUGUAGCGGACCGGCCUUGCCGAACACGUCCGGGCAAUUAUCCCACCAGCAUCUCACGUUCACGAGUAUUCCAUUCAGCUGCGUAUCAGAGACACGGUCGGAGUUCAACCAAGGGCUGGCUAUUCCCAGUGAUCCCCUUUCACGACGAGCUUGAGUCUUUGCGGCGAGUUCUUCACUACGAGUAUCUUCAACGGCGUUGAAUAAGUCGUGUCCGUCUCGUUGUGCCAGCUUUCUUCGAGUGGACUGCCGAUCGCCAUUUUAUCUCUGCACAGCUUUUUGCACCCAGGAGGUUUUACUAUAAACCACCAGUACUCGGCCCCCAUAUAUUGGUCGCGGGCGGGCCCUUGUUGUAUAUGCGUUGCAAUUUUCGGGGCCUUCGCGACCGAUGAUGUUUUUCGUCAACGGCCCGCCGCAGUUCGUUUCUCGGUGCGCAGGGCAUCCCGAGGGUCGGAGAAAAGUGCCUUGGGAAGUACUGGGGGGUUAAACUGCCAGUUCCUUUCCCAUAUGUUGGCCGCGGGCCCUGGGCGCUAACGAUUCGGGCUGAAUCUGACCGCCUCGCACGACCUGCAUCGGCCUCCGCGUUAACCGGCGGCCUUUUUCUUUUGGCUGGGAAAGGUACUGGGGGGUUACGAUCAACGAGGAUUGAACUACACCAGUGGUGGCUGUUGAGGCCAGACGUCAGAACCUUGGGCUCUAAGGUCACCGAUCUGGAGGGUGCGCAGCUUUCUUCGACUUUAACUUUGGACUGCCGAUCGCCAUUGUACCUUUUCACAGCCUUUUGCACCCAGCAGGUGGGUAUCAUUCGGUUCGACAUGUUUAGGCAGGCGGGUGACAUCACGCUAUACAGCUUUGAAUGACGUCAGUGUACUCCUGGGGAUUAUCGGCAAGUCGUGCUAAAUUUGCUACAUGCACUGUCAUGCAGGCUUUUUUUUUUUUUUUUUUUUUUUUUUUUUUAAUGCGAGCCUUUUUCUCUGUCUUGGGUUUUCGCUUCUGUUGGCAGAACCCGUUGUAUUUUGUAUCGUGCCUUUUCUCUUGACCUCACGGUUUUCUCCAACUUCUUUGAAGUUUUUGAAGACUUUUUUGGCCAUUUUACUCCUGCCGGCCCAUAUUUUAAUCAGCAAGCAAUCUUUGCCUGCAUCAGAAAUGAACAAGCAACUAAGAC